GAGACGUCAUGGAUUCCUGAGUGUGGGGCUUUGCAGGAAAGCCCUGAGUCUCCGACAUGGACCGGCUCCAGGUUUCCAUGGCAAAGGCGCACAAACAGGAGGAAACACUGAGGGAAUCCCGUUAUUUUACAGCAUUGGACCAUUAUAAACACCCAGAGCGGGGAAGGAAGCCGCUCUUGAUACUCAAGUAAUCCUUAUAGAGCUCUCGGAAGAGGGACUUCAUACCAGAACCGCUGCUGGAGCUUGAUGCGGCUGCAUGUUUUCAGUUACAGACACGGAGUUUGCGCGCAGCUGCUGUGUGGCAGCGUGAAGUUUUUGAACGUGUUCUGAAACUUUUUCACGCUGUUUCGCCUUCUUUUAAGAUUUCUAACUGAGGAGAGCUUCUUCUUCUACGGUCAAUAGCGGAAAUUAAUUUUUCUUUUUCUGUAUUUUUUCGCUUUUUUUUCCUCCAGAUGUUCAGAGAAGCUUGGAGACUGGCACAGUACCACACCAUGAGGUCCAUGGAUCAAGAUGAUCCAAACCUUGCAUCUCACAAAGUCCUCAGCCCUGAGUCUGAGCAGGCUUUCCCUCUGGAGGAGGCCUCCCCAUACGGCAUCAAGUCCUGCAGCCCCUCGUACAGCGAGCAUAACACCGAGGUUCUGUCAGGAUAUGAGAACCAGGAGGCCAGGAACUACCUGGACAAUAGCCGCCCUGCAGGCCUGGCCCUGAGCCCACGCAUCGAGAUCACACCCUCGCGUGAGCAUUACAACCAUGGUCGAGACUCCCUGCAAAACCAGCACCUGAACAUCAGCCCCAGACCCACCCUCACCGUACCCGGACAUGAGAACCUCUCCUACCGUGAGCCGCAGUGCCUGAGCCCCGCCAGCAGUAACUCCUCCACCAGCUGGCACUCUGAGAGCUACUCCCCCUGGGCGUCCCCCUGUGUGUCCCCCAGCAGUGGCCAGAAUCCUGGAGACCUCUGCCCCCGGCUCCAGAACAUCCACACUGGCUCCCCCCGCACCUCUCCGGGCACCUCCCCUCGCACCAGCCUGACUGAGGACGGCUGCCUCGGUCCCCGUUCUCCCUCCCCUAGACCUGGCUCUCGCUCCACGUCCCCACAGGGAAAACGCACGUACGACAUGUACAGGAACCCCAGCCUGGUCCCUGGGCACCGCUCUCGCAGCCCCUCCCCCCACAGCGGCCAUGAAGAUCACAACAUCGGUGCCCACUACUCACACAGCAGCCUUAGUGAUGCCAUGAAUGGGUUUGGAAGCAGUCAGCCCGGCCUGGUGCCUACCAAAAUAGUCAAAACAUCCAACCAGGUUUACACGCUGUACCCAGAGAACCAUGUAGAAGGAAACUACCUGGUCUCAUGUGACCAGGACAUAAAAACCAAACCGGCUGCUGAGCCAUUCUUUGUUAUCCCCCCUAUCUGGUCCAAGCCGCUGGUUUCCAGCAUCUGCAGCAUCCCCGUGGCGUCUCUCCCCCCACUCGAGUGGCCGAUCCCGAGUCGCACGGACCAGUAUGAGCUCCACAUCGAGGUCCAGCCGAAGCCACAUCACAGAGCUCACUAUGAGACAGAAGGAAGCAGAGGGGCUGUCAAAGCCCCUACAGGAGGACAUCCUGUUGUACAGUUACAUGGCUACAGAGGCAAGGAGCCACUCGGCCUGCAGAUCUUCAUUGGCACAGCCGACGAGCGUAUCCUCAAGCCGCACGCCUUUUACCAAGUCCAUCGUAUCACCGGUAAAACCGUCACGACCACCAGCUAUGAGAAAAUCAUCAACGGCACCAAAGUCCUGGAGAUCCCGCUGGAGCCAAAGAACAACAUGAAAGCAAUAAUCGACUGUGCUGGGAUCCUGAAGCUCAGGAACGCCGACAUCGAGCUGAGGAAGGGAGAGACGGACGUGGGACGGAAAAACACGCGUGUUCGUCUGGUGUUUCGUGUUCACAUACCUCAGCCUGGAGGGCAGCACGUCUCUCUGCAAGCGGCCUCGCAUCCCAUCGAGUGCUCCCAGCGUUCAGCUCAUGAGCUUCCCAUGGUGGAGAAGCAGGACAUGGACAGCUGCUCCGUUCUGGGAGGUCAACAGAUGAUUCUGACCGGGCAGAACUUCAGCUCUGAUUCUAAGGUCAUUUUUAUGGAGAAAACACAGGAUGGGCAGCAAAUCUGGGAAAUGGAAGCCACAGUGGACAAAGAUAAGAGCCAACCAAGUAUGCUGUUUGUGGAGGUGCCGCCCUACAGAGAUACGUCCACCUGUCAUCCUGUUAAAGUGAACUUCUACGUCAUUAACGGCAAAAGGAAGCGCAGCCAGCCUCAACACUUCACCUUCACACCACUGGCAUGUAAGAAUGCAGCUCAGCUUUUCUCUGCACCAUCCAUAAAGACAGAGCCUCUGGAUGAGUACGACGACCACAUGGGUUUCGCCAUGCCUCAGAUUUUGGGGUUAUCUCCUCAUUCCUACUACCACAGUCCUCGCAGCGUCCUCCAUCCGGACAACAGCUUGGUCUCCAGCAUGGCGUCCUGUCAGCGCCUCAGCUCCAGCCUACCAAAUCAAGAUGCCCGUUUCCAACAGCAGAGCCCGACCAUCGUGUACUCCCGUGGGGGCAAGAGUCUGAGCGGCAGUCCGAACCUUUAUCAGCAGCCUGGAGCGAUGAUGCCCGACCCCCACAGGUCCGUCCUUGUCCAUACAGGCUCCCCUGCUCAGCCUGUGGGUCCCAUCGGCUCAAGCCAGCACCCGUCGAUCAUCCAGUUCUCCCCGACCAACCACCACCUUCUCCGGGGUGGAGACGCUCACUCUCUUCCCACUCAGCAGCCCGACAGCCAGCAGAUCAUCUACUGUGAUGGUUACUCCCCACAGGCGGCCACCACCCACUCACCCACACCCCCGCAGGCUCAGGCCGCGGGGCCACACCCUCAGCCCUAUCCCACCGUGAUCCAGCAGCAGCCGUACGCUCAGAAAGGGCAGCAGAAAGGUCGAGCCCCGCCGGGCGCCGGGCAGAUGGAGGCUGCAGGAGACGGACAGAGGAGGGUGACGGUGAAGGAGGAGAACCUAGACCAGGCCUACCUAGAUGAUGGUGAGUUGAAUGAGAUCAUUAGAAAGGAUCUGACCGGUGUCCAGGCCAGAGGGCAGACAUAAAGAAGGGAGCCCAGUGGGAAAUGACAACAUAUCCCCCCCCCCCUCCCGUUGGACACACACAAAGACGGACAUGCACACACGCAGUUUUCAACCUUCGAGAGAGGUGACGCACAUCCACCAACAAUCAGACCUUCUCUUCCUCAUUUGCUUUACCAACACAGACAGAAACAUCAGCUCCCGGCUGCUGUGUUUGCCUUGGAUGUUUCCACCAAUAAACACUUUCAUUUAGCAAAUAGGAGAAAUGAUCUGACCCAUAACGUCAACACCAAAGACAUUUAAGCAGCAGGAGCGAGUGCCUUAUUUUAAGAUUUGACUUAGAGUGUGGGUGCUUUUGCUUUGAAAAGGGAUUAUCAAUAAAAUAGUCAGUCUCAGUGAUCUUUGAGGUAAUAUCACAUUAAUACAAAAGGGAAUCAAAGUUAUGUAGCAUGCAGACGCUUCAAAUAAUUAAGUUUCUUAUGUUUAACAUUAAAAGUCAAAUCCUGAAUUGAAAACUUGUGGCCAAAGUUAGUCAUGUUUAGUAAAUUUCUCUAGCUAAAGGUGUGUUUUAUGUCUGUGUGUAACUUUAGUUUUACAUGGAAAGAUUUUGCUAAGCUGAUCAUCUCAUUAUAAAUUGCAUUUUCUCUAAUGGAAGUGAAGCGCACACUGCCUUAACAAUACACAAAGGAACUAUUUUGACACCUCCUAGUAUGCACUGUUUUAAACACAGGGGGUCCAUGUUAUGACUUUUUAUAUGAUGUUUGAAUCAUGUGAAUAAUGUAAUGUUUUAUAUUCGUACAUUUGCAAUGCAUCAAAGUCAGCUAAUAAUGCCAAAGAUGCCUGUGCAUGGAGCCUGUGAGGCUGAAGACUCCUGCGCUCCUUUAAAAAUCUUGCAUUAGCAGUUAUUUAAAAUAUAUCUGAAGUUUGUGCUACACUUAAAUUUAAAGGUGGUCUUGUUUUUUAAUCAGAAACUCAUAUAUUAUAUUGUAUUUCUAUCAGUUGUGAUAAUUGUAAUAUAAUCUGUGAUAACAGAAUGCUCCAAAGCUUUUUUUUGUAUAGUUGAAGUCUGAGUCCAUCCUUAUCACAAUCAGUGUACUUAAAGCUCAUCGCCUAUGCAGAUCCUCCAUGCUUGGCGAUGUAAAAAGCAUGCAUACUCUUUUCUGUUACUGUCAUACUGUUUGCACAGUAGGAAAUAGCUUUUUGUGCUAGUACAGCCUGCUUAAAUGAAAAGGAAGCAGUUUAAAAGAUAUUUUUCUAAGGUUUUAAUACUUUAAAGGUGGAUUGGAGUGCAGAAAAGAGCCAUUAGUAAGAAAGGCAAGGCUGAAAGUGAAGAAGCGCAUAAAAUAAAUCAAAAUAAGACUGAAUCACACUAAGUACGUUUACAUGCACACUAAUAAAGCAAUCUGUAUCUGAUUUCUGGAGUUACCCUAUUCAUCCAUGUAACAGCAUAAUGACAUGCAAGGGUAUAAUCCAACAUGCUCUGUCAGAUACAGGCCUUAGAGAAGUAGAACUUGGGCUGCAUGGUGGUGCAGAGGUUAGCACUGUUGCCUCACAGCAACAAGGUUCCUGUGAAGUGUGUGGAGUUUGCAAGUUCUCCCCCGUGCAUGCGUGGGCUCUCUCCAAGUACUCAGGCUUUCCCCCACCACCAAAGACAUGCUCGUUAGGUUAACUGGUUACUCAAAAUUGGUGUAAGCAUGUUUAACCCUAUAUGUCAGCUCUGUGAUGGACUGGCGACCUGCCCAUAGUGUAACCUGCCUCUUACCCAAUGACACCUGGGAUAGGCUCCAGUCCCCACGACCCCAAACAGGAUACAGAAGAUGGAUGGAUGGAUAUAGAACUUGGAGAAGGCUUGUGAUCAUGUCCCUCAGGGGGUCAUUUGGAUGGUACUGUAGGAAUAGGGGGCCCCAGGGCGGUUUAGGGGCGCCAUCAGGUCCCACAUCCUCGUCACAAAGUCAGACACGUUCCCGGUUCAUGUUGACCUCCACCAGGGCUGCCCCUGAUGUCCGAUUUUUUUUUUUAUCUGUGUAGGAGCAUCUCUGGUUUCAGGACCUCAGAAUUCCAUCUCUGUUUUUUUGUGGAUGAUGGAGGUUCUGUUGGCUUCCUCAGCUGGGGACCCCCUGCUGUCAUAGGGGCGGUUUAGAACCAUGGUUCUCUGCCAGAAACAGUUGAUUGUUCUCUCUAGGUAGGGAGUGAGUCUCUGCCUCAGAUGAAGGAGUUCAGGCACCUUGGGGUCUUGUUCAAGAGUGAGGGUGAAAUGGGCUGUGAGACUGACAGGCAGAUCGGUGCAGCAUCAGCAGUACUGAGGGCGUUGUGGUGAAGAAGAAGCUGAACUGAAAGGCAAAGCUUUUGAUUAACCAGUCGAUCUACCUCCAAACCCUCAUCCAUGGUCAUGAAGAAUGAGAUCGUGGAUACAAGUGGUUGAAAAGAGUUUUCUUUAGUGAGGAAAAGAUCACUCUAAAUGCACCACAAACCACAGGAAAAUCUGGCAAGGCAAUCCUUAGAACCAUCAAUGAUAGGGCCUUUGCUGACUUUGGUUGGGAGGAGGAAAUCUGAGCCAAGACUGGCAAAAUUAUCUGGUUGUUUGAAGCACGCUUAAGAGAUAAAACACCAUAAGCUACAUCACCGACACAGAGAGCUGGUGCUGCUACUUUUAGAAUCACAGCUAAUGAGUCAUGACUGACACACCCUCUGCUGCAUGGCUGCAAGGCUGCAUGGUAGAAGAAGUCUGCAGCGGUCUAUCUGUUUUAGAUCAGAUAUCUGACUAAUGGCAGAAUCAUGUUUACAAGCUUUUUUCUGCCAACACAUCACUGAAAUGCAUGUAAACGUACAGAUAACUAAUGUUAACUGAUUACUCCCAGUGCUCUGGAUUAGUGUGCUCAUGUAAACAUACUCAGUGUUUCAUAUUUAAAAAGGACCUAUCUGAUAAGAAUUUAAUGUCAUUGAGCCAGUACAGCACAGGUGCAUUUGACCUUUCUUGAAUGUAAUCUAUUUGAAUCUUUUUCCCUUUUUCUGUAAAUAUUUGUCAUAAAGUCUGUCCGUCCAUGUGCAUUAAUAAAGUUUGAUUAGUCUAAAAUAGGAAUUAUUUGUAAUCUUAGUCAUGUAUUGUUUACCUGUCCCUUUAUGUCUAUAAUAUAACCAAAGAUAUAGGUAUCACAGUAACUUUUAUCUGUUAAAAAAUCUUUCUAAAGGGAAAUCUGACACAUUACUUUCAGGCUGUCAGAGUCUUUUAAUAGGUUCUAUUUUUGUUCAUGUAUUUGUUAUUAUUUUAUAAUCUUAAAGAAAUCUUUGGCAGAGAGAAAGGGUAUUAAUACUGUCUUAUUUUAUUCUCUGUGUUGAUAGCUGUCAUGUAAUGUUUUAUUUUUAAAUCUAUUUCACUCUGUGCCUCAAAAAACAUCUCUGUUUCUGCUAUUUUGUAUCCUUGAAAAAGCAAUAAAUAAUAACCGUAAUCAUCA